AUGGAGUCUCCACGGCAGCAUUCCGAGUCGCCUACUCUCAUAUCCACCUCGACCAGGAAACGGAAAAGAAGCACGGAUCGCGUCCGCGUCACACGUGCCUGUGACCGAUGCAAGAGGAGAAAGAUCAAAUGCUCAGGUGUUCAGCCAUGCGAGUUGUGCAUACUUGCAGGCCUCAAAUGCACCUUCGAGGCCACCUACUCCAGGGGCAGGCUACCGUCAAUCCCAGCAGUAGCCAAUGUUGAAGCUAGAAGUGCAUCUUCCAGGCAAGAUGUGCCGGCUAGCGAAAGAGCGGAUCUUUUCCCAAAGAUGAUCACGCCCAGCAACAGUCCCCCAGUCCAUGAACACCAGAGCUCAACCCCAUCUCCUUCGCGAUCCCGUCGCCAGAUAGACUACCAUUCGGAAAUUCACUCAAACAGCCUUCAGCCCCCUGGUCUGGCCUAUGCUCCAGCAUCCUUAAGAACCUCGCCUGAGCCAUCCCAGACCGAUCUCGAGGGCCACUACGUUGGCCCAGCCUCUGGCGUGUCAUUCCUUCUCCGGAUUCAGAAGAGGUUGCACCAAGCCGUAUCGUUCUCACAUGCUUCUUCGAUAUUCACAUUUGGAGAUGCUCCCAUGCCAAGUUUUGAUCCGUCCUUCUGCAUGCUGCUCCCUCGCGAGGAAGCACAGAGACUUGUGGACCGGUAUUUCGAUUUUGCUAUGCCCACAUAUCGGUUCCUUCAUCGACCAACCGUUCAAAAAUGGCUCGGCGAGUUUUACGACACCAUGGGUAUCAUGGAUGAUCGAGACAGCGCGCCCGCAAAAAUUGCUCUGCUGUUCAUGGUCUUUGCCCAGGGAAAGGAAUACAUGCCGCCCUACGAAGGGUCCACAUAUGCUGAUUUCAGCCAACGAUAUUUCCUCGUUGCAGAGAACCAGCUUUCCAAAGAACGGGGCGCAGUGCGUCUGACAAGUGUGCAAGCCCGUCUUGCGCAAUGCUUCUUCCUACUUUCGCAGUCUCGCAUCAACCACUGCUGGAGCCUCUUUGGAACUAUGAGCCACUUGGCUCUUGCUAUUGGCUUGAAUCGGGGUCGGAAAUCUGAACCCACUAGUGCUUCCAGUCAGAUAGAAAAUGAGUGUCGGCGCCGAACCUUCUGGUGUGCAUACACCCUGGAUAACUAUCUCAGCGCUGCCCUUGGUCGCCCUCGCACGUUCCACGACGAAGACAUUGACCAGGAUCUCCCGUCAUGUGCUGACGAUGACGAGCUUUCGGGUGAAGGUCACUCUUUCCGUCCCGUGAAUUCUAUCAACCGUGGCCAACCAAUCAUGUUUGCUGCCGUUGCACAUUUCAGGCUUGUGCGGAUAGUCAGUAUCAUCCUGCGGAAUCUCUAUUCAAUACAUCCGCUGUCGAUGUCCACACGCGCGUCGUUGGCGGCGAAGUAUUCAGUUAGUCUCGUGGAUUGGAGAAUGGAACUAUCCAGUUUUCUUGAUGCCGAUGGUUUAAACACGGCACCGCUGAUGCCAAUAUUCCAAAGACAACGCAACAUCCUCAACCUGGCCUACUGGCAUGCCCAGAUCCUUAUUCACCGACCAUUCCUGCUCAGCAAUUUCAUGCGAAUGCAGGGCCAGAGCCACCAUUCUAGUGACCAUAUAUCUAGUUCUCAGACAGAAGAGAGUGUCAAACAAUGCUUGACGGCCGCCAUGAAAAUCGUCGAGACCAUUGACGAACUGACAAAAACCCACUUGAUGUUUCGUGCAUUUUGGGUCACGACGUAUUUCGCGUUCACAGCAGUGAUCAUCCUUUACGUAUACACUAUUCAGCAACGCAACUCGCCACCCGAGACAUACAGUCGCUAUCUCUCAGCAGCCUCACGCUGCCAAGCCCAAAUCGCCAAUGUUGCGAAAAACGAGUCUCUCACCCAACGGUAUUGCGUUGUUCUAGAAGAGCUGCGACUCGAGGCAUUGAGGCAAACCAAGCGGGUGCAGCUGCCCGCCAUGACGGGGCCUCAAGAUGUCGCAUCGAGAACCAUCAUGCCUGGUUCAUCGCAUCUUCCGUCGGUGAAGAUGCAAAAUACUUCCAAUGAUGCGACGAUGUCUGAUUUCUCGGGUAUGGGUCUGGGUGACUUUACUGACUGGGGGCACUUUGCAUCUAUGGUCUCUUCUGGAUUGGGGAAUUUGGAUGAUUUGCUUAAUGAUAACUCGUUGGGUCUGUGA